AGAACCAAGAAGGCUGUGUCCCCCUUCUGGGUGUCCUUCCUGUCUCCUGCUCUCAGUAGGGACACCCAGGUCCAGCUUUCCUAGGGAACAUGGGGAUGGGGGUUGAACAUGAAGUUCAGUGCCAGAUGUUAGUCUGAACCUGGAUUUACCCUCUCUGACUCAAGAACCUCGACAUCCACAGCAAGACCUGACAGGAGACCUGAGGUGGACACAAUCCUUUUUUUGCCAGUGGGGGUUUGGUAAUUGAGAUGGUUGGUCAGUUCUGAUCAGAGAGGUGCUCUCAGAACAAACUGGCAAAGGAGAGGCUGCUCCAAAUAGAGACACUGGGGAGUGAGGAGGAGGCUGUAGUGGGGAUUGCGGUUGGACUUUGAGGGGCUUAGGCAGGUGCAGGGAAUGAUCCUCCCCUGGCCCAGACGGCAGAGCAGUAGCUUUGACCCACUUCACCUUGUUCUUCCAGGGCACAGUCCUCAGGAUGUUCCGGGGGUAAUAGAAGUUGGAACCAGAGCCUCUGAGCCAUUCCCCGCAAUGACAGGGUCCCCAAUGAGUCGUCUACUGGCUGGUUUCUGUGUAGGGGUGGUCUUGGGCUGGGUAAGGGGCUCAGUCCCUAACCUUGGCCCUGCAGAGCAGGAGCAGAACCACUACCUGACCCAGCUGUUUGGCCUCUACGGAGAGAAUGGGACGCUGACUGCAGGCGGCCUGGCCCGGCUUCUCCACAACCUGGGGCUGGGCCGAGUUCAAGGGCUUCGCCUGGGUCACCAUGGGCCUCUGACAGGGCGGACAACACCCCCAGCCAUAGACAAUGCCACAGACAGGCCGCAGGACUCUGAGCUGAGUGUGCAUGUCUGGUCAGGGAUGCCUCUGGCUCCUUCAGGGUGGGGUGAUCUGGAGGAGUCAAAGGCCUCCCACCUACCCCAUGGGCCAGCCCCCUCGGGCCUGGGCCUCUUUCACAGACUUCUGCUGCUGGACCACUCGCUGGCUGACCAUCUGAAUGAGGACUGUCUGAACGGCUCUCAGUUGUUGGUCAACUUUGGCUUGAGCCCCGCUGCUCCUCUGACCCCUCAUCAGUUUGCUCUGCUAUGCCCAGCACUGCUUUAUCAGAUCGACAGCCGAGUCUGCAUCCAAGCCCCAGCCCCUGCAUCCCCCAGGGAUCUGCUAUCUGCCCUGCUUCAUAGCACCCUGGCAGUCCUGUUACUCAGCCUCCCUGCUCCCUUCUCCCUACUGCUGCUGAGGCUUCUGGGACCUCAUCUCUUACGGCCCCUGCUGGGCUUCCUGGGAGCCCUGGCCGUGGGCACUCUUUGUGGGGACGCACUGCUACACCUGCUGCCACACGCACAAGAGAGGGAGCACACAGGACCUGGAGGGGGACCAGAGGAGGACCUGGGUCCAGGGCUGUCUGUGCUUGGAGGCCUCUUCCUGCUCUUUGUGCUGGAGAACACGCUAGGGCUUUUGCGGCACCGAGGGCUCAGGCCAAGGUGCUGCAGGCGAAAAAGAAGGGACCUCGCAACACCAAACCUGGACCCAGAGGAUAGCAGUGGGAUGGCCCUUCAGCCUCUACAAGCAGCUCCAGAGCCAGGAGCUCAGGGCCAGAAGGAGCAGGACAGUCGGUCCCCACCAGACCUAGCCCCUCCUAGGCACCUAGGACACAGUCAUGGGCACCAAGGUGGAACCAAUAUCACUUGGAUGGUCCUCCUGGGAGAUGGUCUGCACAACCUCACUGACGGGCUGGCCAUAGGUGCUGCCUUCUCUGAUGGCUUCCCUAGUGGCCUCAGCACCACCAUAGCAGUCUUCUGCCAUGAGCUGCCCCACGAACUGGGUGACUUUGCCAUGCUGCUCCAGGCAGGGCUGCCUUUUCGCCGGUUGCUACUCCUAAGCCUAGUGUCUGGAACCCUGGGACUAGGGGGUGCUGCCCUGGGGGUGGGGCUCAGCCUGGGCCCUGUCCCCCUCACUCCCUGGGUAUUUGGGAUCACUGCCGGGGUCUUCCUCUAUGUGGCCCUUGUGGACAUGUUACCAGCCCUGCUUCGCCCUCCUGAGCCCCUCCCUAUGCUCCAUGUGCUGCUGCAGGGGCUGGGGCUGCUGCUGGGGGGCAGCCUCAUGUUCACCAUAGCCCUGCUGGAGGAGCAGCUGCUGCCCCUGGUCUCUGAUGGCUGAUGAGGGCCAGUGGAGAGGGGUUUGGGCUGCCCUUCCUUCCCCCCAACCACAGGAAAGGAGGCGGGACACAGGGCCAGUAGGAGCAAUAGGAUUUUAAUAAACAGAACCCAUCCCAAA